AUGUAUCAAUAGGAAAAUAAAUAUGAUUUUAAGAUAGUUUUAGGAAGAGUAAAAGAGAAGAAUAUGAGUUUGAGAUUAUGUUACAGUUAAACUAAGAAUGAUGAUUAUGAGAUAGUAGUCAAAUUGAAAGUGAAGAGUAACAUAGAUGUAAAAACUGCCGAUAGUGAAUUCAAAGAGAGGUGUAAGAGUACAUACACUAUUCUAACAUCGUUUGUGUAAUAAAGAAUCGAGAUGUUAGGAAAUAAAUUCGAGAUUUUUUGAAGCCAACAUUUGCACUUAGUUAUCAUGUAGAUGAACAUUAUGCAUACAUAACAUUUAAAUAUGCUAAUGAAGUUGAGUUGUAAGAGUUUAUGGAGAUCUGUUAAUUUAUUAGAGAGACAAUGGAAAGAUCAUAAGAAAGAGAGGAAUGUGAAUUAAUAAUUGAAAGUGAUUUAUCAUUUGAUAAAUUAAGUGAAAGUAUUUCUAAUGCUAUUUAUUAAAUGAAUUUGGAAAUAUAAGGAAAGGCAGAAUUUCAAAAGGAUACUAUAAAAUUAUUGGAAAAUCUUAAAUUAUGCAAAUAAGAGAAUUUACCUUAGUUUUUGUAAAAAAAAAAUUUGAGUUAAAUUUUAUUAUAUCUUUAAUUAUUAUAGAAGGCUCAUGCAGAAAUAGAAAUAGAUAAGAUUUAAUAUGAUGUAGGAUUUGCUUAACCUAAUAUAGAAUUACCUUUCAAAUUUGCUAUUUAUGGGAAAUUGUAAAGAUUUGCUGAAUAAUAUUUGGAUGAUGGAAUAGAAUUGACAAUCAAAGGACCUGGAUUAUUUUUAGAUAUAUAUUACACUUACAAAGGAAGCAUAUUCAAAUUGAUUGACAAUAUUUUAAUUAUUAAACAAUGA